AAUUAAAUUUAAUCGCAAAUAAAUUUAACGGCUCUUUAUAUCGUGCAUUCGUGCUUAAUCAUAGUUGUAAUUUUAUCAAAAAGGCUACACUAGACAUUCAUGUUCGCUUCAUAGAGACUGCAACACUACCAUAGAUUGUAUACGAUACAUAAGUCCACAAAAUAUGAGAAGCACUGUGUUUGUUCUUCCCCCGGUCACAUUGUUAUUUUACGAACUAGAUACUCAUCCACGCUUAUGCGAUAAUGAGAGCAAUAAACGAAUCCUUAAAUGUAGCCGCUCUGCAACAAAAUCGACAAAAAUUCUGUAGGUAUUUGUUUUAAGGCGGUUAGGCCUAGUGAAAGAAAAACGUUUGCAUUGAGUUGUCUUGUCAACUGCAUACCUACAAUAUACACUAGGUACCUACAUAACCUACCUUAAAAAAUUCAAUUCGACAAAAUGGAUGGAGUGUAAAUGGCGUUCGGUGUUAAAUAUUUGUGAUGUGAGAAUUAACAACUGCAUAAGUAAGAGUCGAAUCUCAUUAUCUAAUUUAAAAACGAUAAAAUUACUUCAUUGUAAAACGGACAUUUUGAAGAAGAGAUCGAUUAAAUGUUAUCUCAAUGGACCUAGAUUUAAGUAUGGUAUCCAUUUUGUGAACUGCCUUGUUGGUGUGGCGUUUUGUAUAAAAUGGGCAUUACCAGAUUUCACAAGGUUCUACCUGAAGAAUACAUAAUAAUAAUUCACUCGUAAUAGAGUGAUGGACUCAUACAAUUUAUUUGGUGAUGAUGGAAGCGGUAUGUUGGAAGGACUCACUGAUCUUGGUGGUACAGACAGCUUUGCUGGCAGCUCAUCAUCAGCAGGAGAUAAUAAAGAUGCCACAGAUAACAGUUACAGACAACCCUAUCCUCAAAGUGGCGUAGCACCUGAAGGAGGAAUACAAAAAUUGACUUCAUUUGGGAAUAGCGCACAGGGUAUAACUACAAGCUCGCAACCAGUACCAAAUCCCAACCCUGGUCCACCCGCGCCGGACUAUCAUGAGUAUGGCAGUUAUCCACCUCGACCGCGACUUCCACAGCCGCCACAUGCCCCGCUUCAUCCUUCUCAUCAUGUACAUCCUUCACAUUCAUAUCCAGGCUAUCAUCCAGGACCAGAUGCGAUGUACGCCAUGCCUGAUCAACCAGGUAUAGGUGACUUAGGAGUUUGGUCAGGUCCACCUGGCGCUAAUAGAUAUUCUUCAAUCACACCUAAUUACAGACAUUCAUAUGAGCAUCAACAAAAAAUGCAUCAAUAUCCUCCACAACAAGGUUCUAGCAUUGGAGGAUUGCAAGGGCAGGGUGGCCCAUAUUUACCUAGGCAGCCACAUUUUUCACAACCCACAUCUCAACAGAUUUAUGGUCAACAGCAGAAUUAUCCAAGCUACACCCAGAUGCAUCCACCGGGGGCGUCACGAAUUAGUCAGCACCCUACGUAUCAUCAACAAAUGGAUGUAAACCCACACUAUGGAUUGCCACAUGGGCAGUCUCACGGCCCUAUUCCUCAACAUCAACCUCAUCAAAACAUGAGUAGCCAUUCUGGUUCAAUCGGCUCAUCGAUACAAAGUCACCCCAAUGUACAUCUUCAUCAUGGUGGACCAACUCCUUUACAUCAUGUGCCCCGCCAGUCUCCAGCACCACCUGCAUCUGCUCCACCACAUCCUGUGCCAACUCAGUUGCCGUAUGCUUCACCUCAUCAUUCAGUUCCUAUGAGUUACCAACCACAUCAAAUUCAACACCCUCUUGAUGUGAAUGUUUCUAACCAAUAUACUGUAAAAGCACCUGGAAUUGAAUCUGGAAGCCCACAAUAUCGGCCUGCGUUUUCUCAACUGUCGCCACAAAUGUCGCCUAGAGCACAAAUUUCCCCUCGUCAGCAACCACCGCCGCAGAUAUCACCUCGUCCUGUGAUGUCACCAGUGAAAGGCCCAAGUGCAUCACCUCAUUCAAGGAAUCAUGUACCUUCGCCUGUUUCAAGUGGACCUCCUCCACCUACAUCAUACAAUUCUCAAAAUACACUACAAGCUUUAGAGCAAAUGGUUUUGCCGACAAGUGCUGAGUAUCAAUACCAACGGAACCCAGGUUCACCUGCUGUGAGCCACAUUUCCUCUUCACCUUCGCAAUGGAAUCAAAAUAAACUAUCAGUUCCUGUAAGCAAUACUACUCAGAAUGAAAAUAAUGAACAGCCUAUUAAAACGAGCGAAGCGAUGUCUAAAUCAGCAUCAAAACCAGAAUUGCCUAAAACCAUUUCUGUCUGUUCUACAAACAUAGAAAACAAUAUAGUAGAUAAAGUUAGUACAGAAACCGAAAAACCACUUGAUGAUUCACAUCAAUUCAUAUCGCCAGCUGAUGUGGCUUCUAAUGCUACUAACUCUUCCAAAGAUGUAAUUGCUAAUUCUGGUAUCUUAUUACAAAGUACUAAACAUACGACUAUAUCUAAUGAGUCAAUCGAAAUAAAAGAAAAAAAUGAUAGUCAAAAUGUUGAAUUGAAAGGUUCAGCCGCCAACGUUGAAAAAGAUGAAAAUAUAUUGAAAUGUGAAAAGACUCUUGAAGUUCAAGAAAAAUCUGUAGAAUUUAUUCAAAAUCAAGACGCAAGUCAUGUAUUAACAUCUAGCCAACUACCAACAAUUCCAUCCGCAGCUAAUGCAACAACUAUUCUGACUCAAAUGCCUCCUACUCCGUCACAGCAGCCACCAUUAACACGCCCUCCCAGCGUACUGACGAAUAUAAAUAAUGCAACCCAAUUUGAAAAUAUUUCACCAAUGAAUACCAAUAGAAAUCAAGGAUUUAACAAUUCCAAUAUUCAAAGCGUUGCAGCAAUUAACUCAAAUGUACCUCCUCAAGCUAUGUCCAUUCCUCUUGUUACUAGUAAUAAUAAUGCUACUAUUCACAACAAUAUACCUCUUACGGUUUCUGCUAGCUUUUUUCAAAGUGGAAGUUCCAGUGCACAAACAGUAGCUCAGUCAAAUCCAGCUAGUCUUCCCAUUAAAAAUCUAAAUGCUACUGUAGUUACUUCAAGUGUGGCAGCACUCAAUAAUACUACAUCACCAAAUAUGUCGUGUGUGCCUCCGAUGCAGAGCAUUUCAAUUAUAAAUGCUGUGCCAAUCGUGCAACAAACAACUCAACAAAACAUCUCAAAUAUUCCAGUUACUUUACCUAUUAAUGUUCAGUCAGUGCACCCAACUGUUACUAACAACGUUUCCAAUAUUGCACCAAAUACAAGUCCUAAUAUGCUAAUUAUGGGGCCUGCUUCAAUGUCGCAUUCCACUUUACCAAAUUUGUAUACAGUAACCCAUCAUCAAGAACGAAUGUCUAUACAACAACAAAUACAUGAAAUGUACAGUUUACCUGCUUCUAAUGAAAAUCAAGAAAAGAUUCGGUGUUUGCAAGAUAGGUUGACUUUGUUACAACAACACGAAACCAAUGAUAAAUGUAAUGGAGGACCAAAUUGCGUUCUACAAAACCCUCUUUAUGGUUCAAAAAUGGUGGAAAGCCCUCAAGUCUCUAGUACAACAGGUCGUGGACGAGCAAAAGGUCCUGCUAAACCUAGAAAGCCAAGAGCAAAAAAAGAGAAAAAUACGCCAAUUUCUUCACAACCUCUAGACCAAUUACCAGUUUCCGAAGAUUGCGUGACUGCUGGUACUGGAUUACAAAGUACAUCGGAACUGGAGCUUGAAUUAAAUGAAGAUAUAUCGCACUUAGAUAGCAGUGCUAUGUCGGUCGAUGAUUUGAAUGGUGGUAAAGUAAAGAAACAAAGGGGUCCACGAAAAAAUAAGGAAAGAAAACCUCGAAUCCCAAAAGAUAGUAAAGAAAUUGGACAGAAGGUUGUAAAGGAGCGUAAAAAACGAGAACCUAAAGAUCCCAAUACUCCAAAAAGAAAGAGAAUGUCAAAAAAAGAUAUGGCUGAAAUGCAGGCCGAUACUACAACUAACUAUGAUUUUCUGGAACAUGAAAAUAAAGAUUCUAAGACAAGUGACAUUCCUUGCAAAAAUACAUUCGAUGUUGACGCUGAUAAAACUAGCAUAAACUUAUCGGAAAAAACUUUCGACGAAACUACUGUAACUGAUUUUGAUGACAUACCUGUUUCAAAAAUAGCUAUAAAAGAUUUAUUAGAAGAAGCAGAGGCAAAACGUGACCAGAUGGAAAAAGAAGACGAGUUGGAGUUAAACAGUCAAAGGAAGAAAACUAAAAAACGUUCAUCUGGAGGGAGUAGCUGUAAAAAAAUCACUGUAAAGAGACCGCUUACUGGUAGACGAAAAAAACGAGGAGGAUUAAUACCAGAUUCUGACGGAGAACCUGAUGAUAUGAUGUCCACACCUCCACCUUCUCCUCCUCCAGAAGCUGAUGAUAGCUUAAAACGAAGGUCUGCUCGGAAUACUCAAAGAAAAAAAUAUACAGAUGACGUAAUGUUGCGACUGUCUGAUGAUGAAUUUACUAUAUCAACUCCCAAAACUGAAAAAGAAACCAAGACUGAAGAAUUUAAUAGUGAAACCAAAGAUAAUAACAGGCUCGAUGGUACUCCGAAACCAAAUUACAUUUAUGUUAAUACAACAGAAGAAGACUCCAUGAUAGUUCAACAUGUUUUAUCUUCUAGAAUGGGUAAAAGAGAGUUAAAAUUGGAAAACUUGCCUCUUGAAGCCACUCCGAAACCCGAGAGCGAAAAUGGCUUGAAAGUCGAUAAUGUAACAGAAAUAGAAAUGUCGGGCUCAAGCUCAGAUAAUGUAAAAAUUGAAGAUGUACAAGAAAAAGCAAUAGAAGUUCCACCAAAUACAGAUUCCACGGAGGAAACACAGAAACAUGAUAUAAAAACUCUCACUGAAAAGGAUUCUGAUCUAAAACCAAAGAAACCUAUAAUGGUCGAUGUUGAAGAAUAUUUUGUAAAAUACCGUAAUUUUUCGUAUUUACAUUGUGAAUGGAAGACAGAAGAAGAACUUUACAAAGGUGAUAAAAGGAUUUUCUCAAAAAUAAAACGUUUUAAGCAAAAACAAGCUCAACAAACCAAUAUAUUUGAGCUGCUGGAUGAUGAACCAUUUAAUCCGGACUAUGUCGAAGUGGAACGGAUUUUAGACAUGUCAGAAAAUGAAGAUCCCGCUAACAACACAGUUGUAAAACAUUAUCUUGUCAAAUGGAAAAGUUUGCAAUAUGAAGAUAGUACAUGGGAAUUAGAAGAAGAUGUUGAUGUAGAUAAAAUUAAACAGUAUAAAAUAUUUAGUGAAACUCCACCCAAAGAUAAGUGGAGAUACAAAAAAAGGCCAUCUACUGAACUAUGGAUUCAACUAAAAGAAUCCCCAUUGUACAAAGGCGGAAAUACAUUAAGACCAUAUCAACUUGAAGGACUGAAUUGGUUGCUGUUUUCGUGGCACAAUAACAGGAACUGUAUUUUGGCAGAUGAAAUGGGUCUUGGAAAAACUAUUCAAAGCUUAACAUUCGUAAAUUCAGUCUGGGAAUAUGGUAUCCGAGGACCCUUCCUUAUUAUAGCACCACUAUCUACUAUUCCAAAUUGGCAACGAGAAUUCGAAGCAUGGACAGACAUGAAUGUGAUCGUAUAUCAUGGCUCACAACAAAGUAAAAGUAUGAUUCAAGAAUAUGAAUUUUAUUACAAAAGUGAACUUGGAGAACCAAUUAAAGAUAUUACGAAAUUUAAUGUCCUAAUAACCACUUUUGAAAUUAUUGUAACUGAUUUUCAAGAACUUAAAUCAUUUAAUUGGCGAAUAUGUGUUAUAGAUGAAGCUCAUAGACUUAAAAAUCGAAAUUGUAAGUUACUCGAAGGCCUACGACAACUUCAUUUAGAGCAUAGAGUAUUAUUAUCUGGCACUCCUUUGCAAAAUAAUGUUAAUGAAUUAUUCUCUCUCUUAAACUUUUUGGAACCAUCUCAGUUUUCGAGCAGUGAUGCAUUUCUUAAUGAGUUCGGGCAAUUGAAAACCGAGUCUGAAGUACUUAAAUUACAAGCUCUGUUAAAACCAAUGAUGUUAAGGAGAUUGAAAGAAGACGUUGAAAAAACAUUAGCCCCCAAGGAAGAAACUAUUAUCGAAGUCGAGCUAACUAAUAUACAAAAAAAAUACUACAGAGCUAUUCUGGAAAGAAACUUUAGUUUCUUGCAAAAAGGCAUAGCUUCAGCAGCAAACAUUCCUAAUUUGAUGAAUACCAUGAUGGAAUUACGUAAAUGUUGUAUUCAUCCGUAUUUACUGAACGGCGCUGAAGAUCAAAUACAAUUUGAUUAUAAACAAACUUAUGGAGAAGAUAAAGAAGCAUAUUACAAAGCUUUAAUUCAAUCUUCUGGUAAAAUGGUUUUAGUUGACAAAUUACUGCCAAAAUUAAAAGCUGGUGGUCAUCGCGUAUUAAUAUUUAGCCAAAUGGUUAGAUGUUUGGAUAUACUUGAAGAUUAUCUAGUGUUUAGAAAAUAUCCGUAUGAAAGAAUUGACGGGAGAAUAAGGGGAAACCUGCGACAGGAAGCAAUUGACAGAUUUUCGAAACCAGAUUCAGACCGAUUUGUGUUUUUGUUAUGCACUAAAGCAGGAGGCUUAGGUAUAAAUUUAACUGCAGCCGAUACUGUGAUCAUUUAUGAUAGUGAUUGGAAUCCACAAAAUGAUCUACAAGCUCAAGCUCGUUGUCAUCGUAUUGGUCAACAAAAGAUGGUGAAAAUUUAUAGAUUGAUAUGUCGUAAUACCUACGAAAGAGAAAUGUUUGACAAAGCCUCUUUGAAGUUAGGUCUUGACAAAGCGAUUUUACAGAGCAUGAAUACCAGUCAAGGAAAAGAAACAGGUCUGAAACAAUUGUCAAAAAAAGAAAUCGAAGAUUUACUUAAAAAGGGUGCAUAUGGUGCGGUAAUGGACGAAGAUAACGCUGGUGACCAGUUUUGUGAAGAAGAUAUUGAAAUGAUAUUAGCUCGUAGGACCCAAGUCAUUCAAAUGGAAUCCGAAAAAGGUUCAACAUUUUCAAAAGCUAGUUUUGCUGCCACUGAUCAAAGGUCGGAUAUAGACAUUAGGGAUCCUGAUUUUUGGAAUAAAUGGGCAAAAAAAGCUGAAAUUGAUACUACAGAAAAAAAAGAAGAUGAGGACCUUAUUGUUACUGAACCUAGAAAAAGAACUGUUAUAAAAAGAUAUGGACAUGAUGAUGGACCAGUUGAGAUGUCCGAUAUGGAAGUUACUCCAGAUUCUGAAGACGACGAAGAUGGCAUAGGUUUAAGAAGUAAGAGAAAAAAGGAAAAGUUCGGUAAAAAAGGUAGACGAUAUGCAAGUGAUGAUUACAUUCCUCGACAUGAGGGAGUUCCUAUGGACGAAGAAGUUGUUUAUGGUUCAUGGACCCGAUCGGAAUGUUUCAAGAUUGAAAGAGGAUUGCUUACAUUUGGCUGGGCUCGCUGGGAGGAAACUGUUGAUAAAAAUCAAUUAAGGAAAGGCUGGACCAUACCUGUCAUUGAAGAUUGUGCACGCAUAAUAGUUUUGUAUUGCUUGCGGCAUUAUAAGGGAGAUGAAAAAAUUAGAAACUUCAUUUGGGAUCUCAUUGAACCAUGUGAAAAUGGUGAAGUCACAAUUUCGAGGAAUCACAGUGGGCUGCAUAACCCCGUACCUCGUGGUAGAAAUGCUAAGAAGAAAAAUAGACCAAAAGACAUACCAAAAGCAAAUGACGUCCAGAAAUGGGAAGACCCAAAUCACUGGAGCUCUAAUGAAAAGUAUGAUUGUGAGGCAUAUUUAGAAAGCAGUUAUAAAAAGCACUUAUUUAGACAUGCUAACAAAGUGCUACUUAGAGUACGAAUGAUGUAUUAUAUAAAACAUGAAGUUAUAGGCGAUUACGCAACUCAAAUCGAAAAUGGAGUGCACUCAAGCUCUUUAGGUAUGCGAGUACCGAGAGGAGUGGAUAGCGCACCUCCUCGACUUUGGUGGGAUACAGAGUGUGAUGUUUCGCUGUUAGUGGGAACUUACAUUCAUGGUUAUGAAAACUAUCUGGCCAUGCGUAUUGACCCGCAACUGUGUUAUAUUGACAAACUGGGGCCACCGGAUGAUGCCGAAUGUACGGACAUAAAAAGCGAAGAAAGAAAAAUACGUGCUGGCGUCGGAGGUGACGAAGAUUGCACGGACGAGGUGUCGAGCGGCGCCGGAGCCACCUCGCCGGGUGCGUCUCCGCGGCCUGAUGACGACAGCACACAGGGCAGCAGCGGCUCUCACCUGUGGCCUUCCAUGCAGGACCUCAAUACUCGACUCAGGAGGCUCAUCACAGCAUAUCAGCGGAAUUACAAGCGAGAGGAACUUAAACUUCAACAAAAAGCUAAGAUGGAGCGACGAGAACGUAUGGAUCUGAUAGCUCGCGAUGAAGCGUCGCAAUGGCGGUGGUCGCGUGCAGAUGAAGAGGCGUUCCGAAGAACCGUUGCUUCAUAUGGAGUUGAGUUUGAUCCAUCGACAAAAAGCUUGCGUUGGAAUCGCUUUAGAACAUUAGCUCGAUUAGAUUCGAAGAGUGAUGAUGCUUUAACUGAUUACCUUAAAGCUUUUAUGGCAAUGUGUAAACGUCAGUGCGGUCUAUCUGUUGGAGAAGCGGAACUACCGACGAGAGCCGACCUAAAGGCGGAGCCUAUCGGAGAAGAGCGCGCUAUAGCUACUUUAGAAAGGAUCGACUUGCUGCGCGUUCUACGAGAGGAAGUAGCGCCGCACCCCGCACUGGAGUCGCGCCUGUCUCUGUGCGAGCCCAGUGCCGACGCGCCCAGUUGGUGGCAGCCUGCAACGCAUGACAACUUACUCAUUCGAGCUGUCUGCAAACAUGGAUUGGGCGAUACCUACAAUAAACUUUUUUGUGAUCCUAAACUACCAUUUGCUGAAUGUGCUCGUAAAUGGUAUCAAAAAUCUACCAAGACUGAAAAUAGAAAACCUUCUUCUGAUGAGGAAGAUAAUACUGAGAAACCAACCAAUGACACCCGAACACUGCGACGUAGUAAGCGCACUUCACAUUUGGUGGAUCGUGAUCAUGACGACGACACGGAUGCACUAUCCGAACUUGAAACUUUAGCAAAGUUAGGAAGAACUGAAGAAUUCCCUGGGCCAGAGUGCUGGUUCUCGGAACGUGCCCUCGAAACGAGGUUACAUCACAUCGCUCACGCAGUUCAAAAUCGCGAGUGGCCCUCGGUACAGGCCGCAGAAUCUCACGUUUCUCGCCAAACAGAGGAACGAAAGCAUGUCCGGCGACAUAUCGCCAUCGACGUUGAGACGGACCGAGCCAAACUCCAUGCGUUGCUUUCAACACCGGCGGCCGCACACCAGGCCAGCGGAAGUGCAGCCCCGCCCGUCUCUCCGGGCGAGACUGCUCCGCCGCCCGCACAUCAACGAGCCGCGCCUGCGCCCUCAACCCUUUCCGCAACACCUGUCGACCUCUCGGCGCCGCUCGACCUUAGUGAGGCGCAAGAUCGGCGCGAGCCCGCGGCCACCCGCAGCCGCCUCGACGAUACUCUCAACAAACUCAUGAAAAGAAAAAAUGCGCCUGCACCAGAACAGAUUGUCGGAAAAGAAAAAAGAAGGAAAAAAUUAGACGAAAUUGUCCUCGGUUUAUCGGCUGCAAAAAGUGGAAUGACUUCCGCAAAUGUAUCGUCCGAUGCGGGACGAACAGGAACGACUUCGAUUCCGCCGGAUGUGACCGUAACACCUGCUGCCCCUCCAUCUUCCUCUGCUGGACACACAACUCAAAAACCAUUUUCUGUGACCGUCACGAGUGUUCCAUCGCCUCAAGCUUCGUCUAAAGAACUUUCUUCUUUCUUGCAACAAUCUUUAGAGCAAAAUAAAGCUCCAAAACCAUCCAUUGCAACUCCGGUGAAAUCGUAUUCGCACGAAGCAAAAGUAAAUAAAUGGCUAGCUGAACAGUCAUCGGUUGAUACGCGGCGACGAAGCUCGACUCCUCGCUUGGCCCCAGAUGAACACGUACCCGUUGUUCAUAGAGUGACUGGUAAAAGAAUAAUUGGACAUAAAGCACCACAACUGAAACAUCUUGCACAAUGGAUAGCUGAAAACCCUAUGUACGACAUAGAUUCUAAAUGGACAGAAAGCAUCAAGGAACAUGUAAAAUUGCCUCAAGAUGUCCGCAGUCAGAGACAUUCUCCUAUGCAAUCUUCUGGAUCUACUGAACGCAAGAAAGGCAGACCUCCAAGUCUCGAUUCUUCAUCUGCAAAUGUGUUAUCAUCAAGCUCUCAUUUAAAUCAAAGCUUAUCAGGAUUCAAUCCAGCACUUUUAGCAAGCUUAUCAAGUUUGAGUGCUUUUGAUCCAAAGACAUUAGCUGCCACAUUAUCUAAUUUGACUGGAUUUGAUCCCAAAUUAUUGAAUACCUUUGACCCGAAAUUACUUUCCAGCUUGAGUAGCUUUGAUCCUAAAAACAACCCAUUACUUAGUUCUUUUGGUAGUAUGCCAAAUUUAUUAGGUAAUAUAGCUGGUGGGAACAUAUUCGCCAACUUAGCAGGGUUAGGGCUAUCCGGGUUUUCUUCACUAGACAUGAAUAAUUUAACGGCAUCAAGUGCUGUCGAUAAAUCAAAAUCUAGGAAGUCUAAUGAAAGCGUCAAUCCUUCUACUUCAAAAACUUCUAACUCUCAAUUUCCUUUUGGAUUUCCAAACCCAAAUAUGUUAUAUCCGCAGCUGGGAUUAGGUGGUUUAAAUCCAUUUGGUAUGCAUUCUGGAAUGACAUCUGCAUAUGAUGCUCUAGGACUUUUGAGUAAUACUAUAACAUCAAGCUCAGGAAAUACUUUGCAGAGUUCUAGCCACAGUUCGGCCCGCACUAGUACCAAAACUACAGCACCACGUUCUUCUACAAUAGUUACAAAUACGAGCACUCCACGUCAGCAAAAAAUGAGUGAUCGCCUUCAAUCUACUCCAGUUCCUCAAAUUCAUUUACCUUCCGACCCAUAUAUUUUAGAAUCUCUCUCAAAGCAAACAUUAAGUUAUGAUUCUCUUUUAAGAUCUGAAAAAAGAUCUCGAGAGAACGAUGAUACUACUGCGACUGAUUUAUCGAAAUCUGAUAAAAAGAAACAGCCAUACGACUCAUUAAGAUCUCAGGUACCACCAGAAUUUGCAGCAGUUCAAGAAAAAUUACUUAAAGGAGACAAAAAAGACAUUGACAUCAGUAAAAUGUUGUUGGAACAAAUGGCUUCUGGGGCUUUGAGUGCAAGUCUUGUUAGUUCAGCAGAAGCCAAGAAAUGCAAAGAGAGCGAGAAAGAUGUAUACGACAAAAUUAAUAAAAUUCCUUCAGAAUAUUUGCCAAGAAGUCACACGGCCGACGACGGAAACUCUGUUAUGUCAUUAACUAAUAAAAGAACCCACGAUGAAAUGUGUAACGAGCCAGAAAAUUUAGCACUAUCGACAACUGAUUUGAAUCCUGCAAAAAAAAUUAAAGAAACUCCCGAGAAUAUGACGACAAAUGAAAAACCGUCAGAUCACAGUUCGAAUACAGGCGAAAUGGACCUAGAAGACUUGAUAGCACCCUCCACUGUGAUCAAAACCGGAAUGAAACCUAGUGAUUUUGAGAAUGCUUCCAAACAAACUUCUGACGCUUUAUCUAACAUCUCGGCGGAUCGGGAGGUGAAGUCUCCUUCAAAAAUUCAUCAAGAUGAACGAGAAAUUAAUGACGUUGCAACUGCUCAAUGUUUUAGUAAAACUGACAGCGAAAGUAAAGAUGACUUAGAAGAAUCCGGUACUGAUCUGACAUGUAAUGACCCUGGAAGAAGAAGCAACAGAAAAAAAAGUCGAAAAUCAACAGAAGAAUCCAUGCAAAAUUGCCCUCGUCGAGAACUACGAUCUAGUUCGGGUCGCCAAUCAACUGAGAACUUAAGUAAUCAUUGAAUACACUUUUCUGUAAUGUAACCUAAACUUACUACGUUCUUACUCGUAAAUUACCCAGUUAAUUAUAUUGUAGAACGAUAAGUCAAGUUUAAAUGUUUUUAUUAAUUAGGCAAACCUAAUUGUUUUCUUCUUAUAAAUAAUUCCAAAAUUAUUGUAGUAAUUAGGCUAGGUGUAAGUAAUAUGAAAUGUUAUUACUGAUAAGACUGGAUAUCCCACGUUUUGAGGUCUUAAACGUUUUGUUUGACAUCUAUUAGUUAUAAUGAAUAAAAUCAAAUUUAGCUUUCAACUAUAAUUUUCAAAAUUCCUUUUUGCGCAUUUGGAGGCAACAUGUUAUCUAUCACUGCUCUAAUUGAUACAAUAAGUUGACAAUACAAUUUAUCGAAAAAUAAUUGCAACUCUUUUUUUAUUUUCUGAAAGAUUUACUAUAAAACUACACCUAAGUAAUUUUAAACUGAACUGUAAUUUGAUUUUAAAUUUAAUUUGCAAUUGUCUUUGCGCAUUGUUUCUAAAGUAUUUGCACCAUAGCCAUGUACUUUGAUUCUAAUUCAUGACAAUGCACGGCAUUAAAUUAUGUGAAGACUCAGGGUAAAUGAACCAUAAUAAAAGUAAGUAUUUUAGUAACUAUUUCUUUGCUUUUGGAUAAGGAACCUAAUGAAAAUAGACGUAAUGGUACAUAGGUACAACUAAUUAAUUAUCUAGAUAAGGUUCCUUUCAUGUCGAAAUACGGUAAACCUGAUUACUUGUAAGUAUAACUUUAAAAUAGAUAAAACUAAAAAAAGUGUAUGAAUCGAAAAUCUCGAGAGCCAAUAAAGUUUCACAUAUUUGAAAUAAGCACCGGUUUUUAAUAUUUUUUAUAUUUUUUCAAAGUUAAAAAACAUGCGGUAAAACAAUCUUGCAUGUAUUGUAUUGUGUUAGUGUAGUUUUGUAUCAUUUCAUUUUUUAUAUAUUUUUAAGCAAUUAUUAAUUUCACUUCUCUUACAAUGUGGAAUACCCAUUUUCAGUAUUAACAAAAUAUUUGUUGUUUAGUUAUUAAUAAUUAUAAAAAUAUAUUGUAUUCUCUAUAUCAAUGAAACGGUUUUUGUUUUCAAACGCCAUGACUAUUAAAAAAAAUGUACCGAAAAAUUCAUCAUCAAUUUAAAAUUUUAAUGGAUGUCUGGUCUGACAAUUUUUAUUUAUAAUUUAGAAUAGAUCGAACAUUGAAUGUGAUAACAUUUUAUUUAUUACAUGUAUUCUUAUUUUGCAGCAAUGUAUUAAUGAAGUGUAUUGUAAUUAUGUGACAAAUUAUAAAUAAAUAUAGAAAUGAUA